UGAUCACUACAUCUCCCUAUAAAAAUAUACCUAUAUAUGUUUUAUAUAUAUAUGUAUUAUCGGCUGAUUCAAUAGAUUUCAAAAAAAUACAUUUAAUACUAUAUAAAAAUUAGAUAUCACAUUAUCUGACUUGGGUUGGGAAUGACUUCUGACUAAUAUCAAAUAUAACCAAAUUGUAUGUUACUAAACUACCAUAUAAAUUGCAUGGAUCAAAUCUUAAUCUAAGCCGACUAAGUACUGUGUUUCUUCACUGAACUUAAAUACAAAUUAGACAAGUUUACACUGUGCCCAAACUUAACCUUACCAAUAAAUUACCACUAUUUGGUUAAAUACACAUACUUGUAUUAUACCUAUACGAUCAUUUACGAAUAGUCUGUUUCUAGUAGCAAGAUAGGCAAUAAUAAAAUUGGCAGAGAAUACCUUGUCCAGAGCAGCUAAAUCGACACCUUUCUUGCUUUAAACUAGUUUUGGUGGCGGACAAAAUUUCCCAUUUAUAUAUUAAAAAGCUUUUGGAUCCGACCUAAAUAAUUAAAUACUUCAUAUUGUUGGAAAAUAUGGAUGGACCAUCAAACUUUCGUUAUGAUAAUUGCAAUGACCAAUAGAAUUGGAAGUCCGCUAUGUAACUAAUACAGCAAUAUAUUGUUUAUGCAAAGUUUGCAGGAUUGGUUCCUUCAAAUUCUCUUUUCAGGAUUGUGCUUUGUUUUCAAUUAGCAUCAUUUCCCCACAGAACAAGCCUUUGUUCAAAAAAAAAUCAUUUCCCCACGGAAAACUUUAGACCUUUAUAUUUAUCACGCAUUUAAUAGCCGAAUUUGUAGGUGAAUAAAUAUACUGCAAAAUAAUGCUAGGGUUGUCUAACUUGUAUUCCUGUUUAACAAACCAUACUGUUGUAUUAAUUAAAAAAUGGCAUUCAUCUUUCAUUUUCUAAUGGUUAGUUGUUAAAGUGUUUAGGAAUUAUGACAUCCGAAUUAAUUUACUCUGUUAUAUUUUCAUCAUCAGCCUAAUUUGAUUUUAUAUAUAUAUAUAUAAGAACAUACAAUUUUAGGGUUAGUACAGAACUGUAUCUGGUAUGCAUGUAUUUAUAGUCUAUGCAUGGGAUACGGUUUAGAAUGUUCCAAAAUAAAUUGUACAUUUCGCAUAUUUUGUGUGUAUGUAAUUUUAAUACGAUCGGUUUCAUCGAUUUGACAAUAUUGUAUUUUCAGAUUAGUAUAUAGAUAUCCAGUCUUAGAUGUUUUCUAAGUGGAAAGACUAAUUCCGAAGAUGAGCAUGCAACCUCUUGGUUUUAGAAUUGUAAUUUUAGUGUUACAUUUUAUUUCGUCGUAUAAAGCGUCAAAUGGACCCCACGAUCAAACUAAUACGUAACUUGCUCCCUCUAAAUUAUGAGUAUACAUUUUCGACAUCAUACUUUUGUACAUGUACAUAACGUGUAUAUAUGUCGUUUUGCGUACGUGCAUCGUCCGGAGCAAUCUUCUACACAAUUUCUUGACUAAAAAUGUCUCAUAAAUUAAACUAAAAAAAUAAAUUAUAUUCGCAAGUGUCCAACUGCAAAAUAUAAUUUGUAGACGGUCUAAACAAACUCUAAGAGCACGUCUAACAAUAAGUACAAGAGAAAUUGUAAAUAUUUUUUUAAAAAAAACAAUAAAAUUAAGAGAGAGUAGACAAAAAAUUUCUAAAUUUAAAAGUUUUUAGAAUCUAUUAGUAACCUCAAAAUACACAUGUCAUCAUAUAAAGAAAAUUAGUGUUUUUAUUAACUUAAAAAAAUAUAUAUAUAAUUGACUAACUAAUACUAUUUUUUUGAAAUUUAUAUGGUUUCUUAUCAUUGGAGUUGUUCUAAAACUGACCGUUGUUAAAAACUGUUGUCCCAUUUAUGGUAAAUUUAUCGUGCUGUCCAAAAAUAUAUAUGGUUGAAAAAACUGAUUUCAAAACACCAUGUGCCACAAACACGAGUUUUAGCUUAGCUCUGAUCCCAAAUCUUCUUUGUGAAAAGGACUAUUUGAAAGGAUUUUCGCCACGUCUCCAUAGCAUAUCAUCGGGGCCAGUUGAGGCCAAUGGCAGGACCGUAGGAGGGUUGAUCUGAUUUUGCGCGACAUUUCUGGUACGUGCAGUCUUUGUCAUCGUCUUGAAGGCCUUUUGACUUUAAUACCUUGCAAUUUUACCGAUUUCCAACACUUUCGUUCCUGAGUUUUCCGUAAGAUCAGUUAACAUAUCUACAACUAUCUACCAAACCAAAAACGUUGAAUGCCAACCUCGUACUUCCAUCUUAUUAAAAAAAUGGAAAGAGAUUUUAACUUCUUUUUUUUGGUCAGCGAGAUUUUAAUUAGUUAGAACUCCUUUCUUUCUUUUUCUCUCUUUUUCUAAUUUUUUUUUAAAAAAAACUCCUCUCUUUUUUUUGUUUCUCUUUGACAUUAUAAAAAUCUUUUAAUUAAUUAUGGUCAUGUUUGUAAAAAUCUUUUAAUUCAGGUCCUAAAUCGCAAUUGUUCAUUUUUCUGUUAUGGGAUUGAUCAGGUGAUCAGAUUGUGUGUGGCAAAUUUUUUUUUUCUUUUUUGACAGCAAGCAUUUACAGAUUCAUGUUGCACUAUGUAAACUAAAUUGGUAAUUCCGCAUCCAUGUGAACAACGAAGGACGUUUGUUUCCUACCACUGCGUGCUAAGCUAUCCGCCCAUUUAUUCUCCGUUCGGGGAACAUAAACGAUGUCUGAGUUUAAAAAAAUUCCUUUCAAAAGCUCAAUAUCUUCUAAGUAGUUUUCAAAUGCUGGCCAUCCCUCUGGUUCUGAAAUCAUCUUCACAAUUUAUACUUCGUUUUAGUAUUGCGCAACCAAUCGUUAGAAAAAUUAACGACAAUUUUUUUUUUGCGGAUUACAGUCGCAGCAACCAAAUGGAUGUGUCUUAUGUUAAAUUUUUGUUAUGAGCUUCUUUCAUUUAUUACAUAUUAUUUUUCAUGUAAACUAAUAUAAUAAGUGAAAACGAAUGAAAUAAGUGAUGCACCAGUCAAAAAUAUAUAUUUUAUUCUAGGUAAUAUUUUAUAGUUUUAACUAAUAAGUUUUAAAAUAAAAUAUUUUUAUUAUUUUGUAACAUCUACUAUUAUUAUAAAUUCUCAUAAACUGCUGAAUUAAUUAAUAUAUUAUGAAAUUCAUAAACAGAAUUAAUAUAAAAAGCUAGCCAGAACAAGUUCUUGCAAAUCAAAUAUCGCGAUUAAUCCAUCUUACACACAACGAUGAAAUAGAUGAGAAAUUUUUUCAAACUAACUUUACACACAAGACAUAAUUUGCUUCCUUGAUCGAUCACAACCCCAAACUUCCCUCCUCUUUGGGUUUACAACAAUAUUUACAAAAUAUAUUUGUUUUGUUUAGUGCUUAAAAUCGGACCGGACCAUAAGAAAACUGCACACAAAUUGUUAAUUCUCUGUAUACAUCUUUUUGGUAGUAUGAAAACUGAGAUCCAGAAGUUGGAAACGCUAUAUAUGAAUCACUGAACUUAUCAGCUGUAGUCUACAACGGAAGAAAGAAAUCGUGCUGUUCAAAAGCUUAUUCUUGAUUGAACGUUUUCUGUUAGUAGGAACAUAAUUAUGAGCAGUCAUGUGUUUCACCAUCAAUAAUAGCCCAAGGUAAAAGAUAUAAAGAUCACCAUUUGAAAAAAAAAAAGUGAAAUAGCAGAGCAUAUCUUGCUUUGCUGCCUCAUUUAGUCCGGUCAGGUAAAGAGUUGAUUAGACUUACAUUUAAUUUUUUUAUAAAAAUAAAUAAGGGCUUACAAGGCUACAACCUCGAAUUACACUUACAUUUAAUUUUUUUCCUAAUAUUUAUUGUACGUGUGAAAAACUGAAACUGUCUCUCCUGCCAUGAAAAAUAACAGAUACAAGAGUUAUAUGCACAUGUUGAAAAUCGUGACUUUGAAAUAGAUUUUUUAAAGAACUUCAAAAAGAACAAUUCUUUGAAACUUUAUUGAAAGAUGGCUAACGUAUGUCACGAUUUUAAACCAUAUUUUUUAGAAGUGUCUAACAUCUCUCUCAUACAUUUCCUAAAAUCCAAACCAGAAUUUUUUUAUUUUUUUUUUUAAAACAAAAUUUCAUGCAUCUUAAAAGAACUCCGCGUGUUUUCAUUUAGAAACCAACUAGUAAAGCCCUUAGUCAAAAAAAAAAAAAAAACUAGUAGUAAAUAUAAAAGUAUAUCUUCUUACAUACACUAUUAAUUUACGGCUCAGUUUAUUGUGGACGUAAACUUCUUAACAUCUAUGUUCAUAAACUAAUGUAUGUUGUUAACUACUUUGAUUAAUUUUGUAGACCGCCUAACAAACCAUUAUUGAUUCUGUUCAAAUUCGAUCAGAAUAAUAUAAUUUAAAUUUACCCGACAUAGUUCAGGUGCGUAUAUUUUUAUUUGGAAGGACUAAUUAGACUACUCAAAUAAACAAGUGUCCAGGUCAAGUCUAAAUAGUGAAUAUUAUAUUAUAAAUAGUUAAAUACAUAAAACAAAGAAAUCUAAUUACAAAAAAAAAAGGAUCUUAACGCAGUCAAGGUCUUUUUUUUAGCUUUAGAUAUUUGAUUUAUAAAUAAUAAAAAUGAAUAAACAUACAAACAGAAAUAAUUGCUUUCGUAUUUGGAUUUAUAAAUUAGAAGAGCAAACCAGUCUCUCCUCGCAACUAUUCCUACUCUCUCACACCCUAAAUACAAAACAAAACUUCUUUGUAAUCUUCCGACCAAAACUUGUCUCUCUAUCUCUCGUGUUACAUUUUCAUUCCUUUAGAUGCAAGAUUCUUCUCUUCCCCGGCCGGAACGUAUUCUCCGGUCACCGGCGCCGGAGAAAACCAUAAACAGUUCAAAAACUAGAGAUGAUCAAAAGGGUGUUUCUAAGCAUCCAAAUUUUCGUGGGGUCAGAAUGAGACAAUGGGGAAAAUGGGUGUCUGAAAUCAGAGAGCCAAAAAAGAAAUCAAGAAUCUGGCUCGGUACUUUCUCCACGCCGGAGAUGGCGGCGCGUGCACACGACGUGGCGGCUUUAGCCAUCAAAGGAGGCUCUGCUCACCUCAAUUUCCCGGAGCUCGCUUGCCAUUUGCCGAGACCGGCAAGUUCCGAUCCGAAAGACAUUCAAGCCGCCGCCACAGCUGCCGCCGUUGAAUGGAAACCACCGGAGUCUCCGUCGAGCACGGCCACGUCAUCUUCAGUCGCGGACGACGCUUUCUCCGACCUCCCUGAUCUUUUGCUAGACGUGAAUGAUCACAAAGUUGAUGGAUUCUGGGACUCUUUCCCGUACGAAGAACCUUUCUUCAUGGAAAAUUAUUAGGACAGCAAAGUCCGGCCGGCGAAUGAUUUUCCCGGUAGUGAUGGGACAUGGGGUCGUUACGUAAGUUUUGUCUUUAUGGGGAUUUUUUUGUUUUUUUUUUCUUUUACGUGGAAGUAAGUUUCCAAAUGUGUGACAUGUAAGUAAAGGUACCGGUUUAAUUUUUUUUUUUUUUUUUUAAAAUCGAACGUGAUUAACAAAAGGUUUUGUUUAUUGCGUUGUUAUUUCCCAAACCCUUGAAUAUUUGGGUGGGUAAUUUAUGUAAAGAAUUGCGCUACGAAUGUCUUUUAUACAAAUAAAUAAACGGUAAAUUCGUAAUUAAAAGAAGCUGAUUUUUGUUUGCUGUUUAACCAUAAUGUUCUUUUCGUAUUCACAUAACCAUGUUACUUUAUUAAUAUUGUGCAAAAACAAAGAAAUUUUUACAUGCUGUGGUUUUUACCCAGUGCCGUGCGACAGUGGUGAAAAAAGAAACAUUCGCUAAUGGCAGCAAAAAAUAAUUAAAGAUCCAAGACAUUCGCUAAUGGCAGCAAAAAAAAAUAAAGAUCCAAGAGCAUCAUCUGUUCACUAUUACCAUUCAUAAUACAACCAUUAGAAUUUGAGUGUAUACAACGAAAUCACUAUAAUAAUUUAGAUUAAAAACAUUAGCCUAUUAACAAAUACAUGGAUUUCCUAAGUAACAAACAAUGUAAACAACUGUUAAAAAACUAAUAUAAUUAGAUAUUAGUGAUUAUAGGUCUGAAUGUAUUUUUGAAAUACUAAAGCUAAAGUUGUCAAAUUUUAUCUUUGUUUGAUUAUGCCAUAAAACAUUGAGUAAUUUACUUUUUUUUUAUCUUAAAAUUAAUUAGAAAAUUUAAUGAUUAAUAUUUGAUUAAUAUUUUUAAUAAAUAUAAAAAUUUUGUUAUAUAAUUACAGUUUUGUUUAUUAGUUUAAUUAUUAUGUUCUUCUCUAUUAAAAUAUCUAUUUUUAUUUUUAUUGUUGAAAUUUUUAUGAUUCGUUUAGGGCAACCAUAGAUGAUCCCACAGUUCUGUUUUUACCCAUGUAAUUUUGAAAAUUUACAUCGAUGAAGAAAUGUUUUCUCUAACUCUGCUUAUAAUAAGUAAGUUACCCAUGUUUUUUACCGAUGUAACUCUGCUACAUAUAGAAAAGUGGUCAAUUAGUAGAAGAGAUAAACUUUAUGGUCUUUCCGGUAGUUUGAUUUUCUCCUAUUUCGUAUAAUCUUAUUGGCCUGUACAAAGUGGAAAAUUAAAGGACCCAUUGGCCCAUCUGUGGUGUAUUUAAUGUGUUUUUAGCUCUAGUAUUAUCAUCACGUUCAUAUUGUAUCGAUUUUUUUUUCUAAUUAAUGUCUCAUACGGUCAUACCACUUUACCAAAUAAAAUAGACAUAUAAUCAACAGUAUAAAUUCUAUAAAUUAAUAUUUUAUAAAUUAAUAAACACUAUAAACUAAAAAAAUAGGUUCAAAAUAUGAUACAAACAUAUGAAAUAAUAAAAAUAUAUAUAUUUUA